UGGGGCCAGACGGACAUGGAAGCCCGGGGCCCCGGUGGCGCCUCCCCGGCCGCCGCCGCCACGGCAGCCGCGGCCGAGGCCCAGAACCUCAGCGCGGCCUUCAGCCGGCAGCUCAACAUCAACGCCAAGCCGUUCGUGCCCAACGUCCACGCCGCUGAGUUCGUGCCGUCCUUCUUGCGGGGCCCUGUCCAGCAGUCGUCUCCAGCCGGAGCCACCGCCGCCCUGGGAAUCGGCACCGGAGCAGGAGGCCCUGCUGGCCCCAAGGCACCUGUGGAACCUUCUCAAGAACAGUUUGUGUUGUAUGAUGAUUCAAAUUCAGCUGUUAGCAUGGAAAUUUCAGAAGCCGGUGUAGAAAAUGGAGAGGCAGAAAUGUCCUCGGAAGAGUCAUGGGAGCACAAAGAAGAACCUAGUGAAACAAAGCCAGGGGGUGGCUCUUUAGGAGAUGGAGGGCCUCCGGAGGAAAGUGUCCCAGAAAUGAUGAUGGAGGAGGAAGAAGAAUUACCAAAACCUAAAUCUGUCAUAGCACCGCCAGGUGCACCUAAAAAAGAACAUGUAAAUGUAGUAUUCAUUGGGCAUGUAGAUGCUGGUAAAUCAACUAUUGGAGGACAAAUAAUGUAUUUGACUGGGAUGGUUGACAAAAGAACACUUGAAAAAUAUGAACGAGAAGCUAAAGAAAAGAACAGAGAAACUUGGUACUUGUCAUGGGCCUUAGAUACAAAUCAGGAAGAGCGAGACAAAGGUAAAACUGUAGAAGUGGGCCGUGCCUACUUUGAGACAGAAAAGAAGCACUUCACCAUCCUAGACGCCCCCGGGCACAAGAGUUUUGUUCCAAACAUGAUUGGUGGUGCUUCUCAAGCUGAUCUGGCUGUUCUGGUAAUCUCUGCCCGGAAAGGAGAGUUUGAAACUGGAUUUGAAAAAGGAGGACAGACGAGAGAACAUGCCAUGUUGGCAAAAACAGCAGGUGUAAAACACUUAAUAGUGCUUAUUAAUAAGAUGGAUGACCCAACGGUAAACUGGAGCCAUGAAAGAUAUGAAGAAUGUAAAGAAAAGUUGCUGCCAUUUUUGAAAAAAGUUGGCUUCAAUCCCAGAAAGGAUAUACACUUCAUGCCCUGCUCAGGACUGACUGGCGCAAACCUUAAAGAGCAAUCAGAUUUCUGUCCUUGGUACAUUGGGUUACCAUUUAUUCCAUAUCUGGAUGAUUUGCCAAACUUCAACAGAUCAGUUGAUGGACCAAUCAGGCUGCCAAUUGUGGAUAAAUACAAGGAUAUGGGCACUGUGGUCCUGGGAAAGCUGGAAUCGGGUUCUAUUUGUAAAGGACAGCAGCUUGUGAUGAUGCCAAACAAGCACAAUGUGGAAGUUCUUGGAAUCCUUUCUGAUGAUGUAGAAACUGAUUCUGUAGCUCCAGGUGAAAACCUCAAGAUUAGACUGAAGGGAAUUGAAGAAGAGGAAAUUCUUCCAGGAUUCAUAUUGUGUGAUCCUAAUAAUCUUUGUCAUUCUGGAUGCACAUUUGAUGCCCAGAUAGUGAUUAUUGAGCACAAAUCCAUCAUCUGCCCAGGUUAUAAUGCGGUGCUGCACAUUCAUACCUGCAUCGAAGAAGUCGAGAUAACAGCCUUAAUCUGCUUGGUAGACAAAAAAUCAGGAGAAAAAAGUAAGACACGACCACGUUUUGUCAAACAAGAUCAAGUAUGCAUUGCCCGUUUAAGGACAGCAGGAACCAUCUGCCUUGAGACCUUCAAAGAUUUCCCUCAGAUGGGACGUUUUACCUUAAGAGAUGAGGGGAAGACCAUCGCAAUUGGAAAAGUCCUGAAACUGGUUCCAGAGAAGGACUAAGCAUUUUUCUUGAUGAUCCUGCACAAUACUGUGAGGAAAAUUGACUCUACAAAAGCCUACUUCACACCGCCUUCUCUUAUUUUCUGCCCAUUGAUAAACUUCUCCCCACAUUUGCAAAGACAAAUUUCACAGCAAAAGUCCACAUUAUGUCAGCUUUCUCAUAUUGAGAGCUCUGCUAUGCCACUGUUGGAUUUCACCCAAAGACUUUUUUUUUCCUCUCAAAUUCUGCUUCCUUGGACAGAUCCGGCAAUAGCUUUGUAAGUGAUGUGGACAUAAUUGCCUACAAUAAUGAAAAC